AUGAAUGACGAAGAUGUCUUGUUUGAAAAUAUUUAUGACAUGGCUGAGGUCUUGGGAAGAGGUCCAUUCAGUAGCAUUCGAAGGUGUAUCAACAAGCAGACAGGAAACAACUUUGCUGUCAAGAUCACUGAUGUUUCCAAACUGAAAACCUCUCCUGGAUUCGGCAUUGAAGAUCUGAAGCGAGAAGCCACCAUAUGUCACAUCCUAAAGCACCCACACAUCGUUGAACUGUUUGAAACCUACUGCAACGAAGGGACCAUAUACAUGGUUUUUGAAUUUAUGGAUGGCGAGGACUUGCUGUUUGAGAUCGUGAAAAGGGCAAGGGCUGGCUUUGUGUACAGUGAAGCUGUUGCUAGCCACUACAUGCGACAAAUCCUUGAGGCCAUUAGAUACUGCCACAGCAACGACAUCAUUCACAGGGACAUCCGCCCCCACUGUUUGCUUCUUUCCAGCAAGGAGAACUCGGCCCCAGUAAAGGUAGGAGGGUUUAGGGCUGGCGUGCAAUUAAAUGCCGGAAUGAAGAUAGUCAACAAAGGCGUCAUAGAAUCGCCGCACUUUGUAGCACCAGAGGUCAUCAAACAGGAGCCAUCGGGCAAGCCGGCCGACGUGUGGUCACUUGGUGUCCUCCUCUACAUUCUCCUCAGUGGUCAGACGCCCUUCUACGGCACCAAACAGCACCUCUUCGAAUCUAUCGUCAGAGGAUCUUACUCUAUGCGAGGUAGGCAAUGGACGUACAUAAGUGACGAUGCCAAGGACCUCAUACACCGAAUGCUGGAACUGGACCAAGAACAUCGCAUCACCAUCGAUGAGGUUCUCAGACAUCCCUGGAUCAGGGAGCGUGGCAGACCAUCCAAGAUCCACUUACUGGAAACUGUCGAAGAACUUCAUAAAUUCAACACCAUGAGAAAGUUGAAGGUUGGUUGGUUGGCUGGCUGGCUGGCUGGUUGGUUGGUUGGUUGGCUGGCUGUUUGGCUAGCGACCUUAAAUGUGCCGGUGCACCCAUCAACAUUCCACGACCCCCAAGACGAAUGGGUCGUCACUUCAGCUGUCAGUCAGAUAGUGAAUAGUUUGGAGGAAAUCCAGUGUCUCAUGAACCUCAAUGAACCUGAUUUGUCGUCACUGCAAGGUAUUUUCGAAGACCAUCAACUAAAAGCCUUACUAACCUUAUACGAUGAGAUCAGUAGCAGAUCAUUAUCAUCGUGCAGACCAACUCCAGCCGAUGUGGCCAUUCCAAAGUUGAAAGAUGUGCUGGAGGCCCUACAAAGCAGUCCGCAGUACUUGGUGAGAGAGUCCUACGAACUCUGCCAGAUACUCAUCCAUCCGUUCUUCAUGAACAUGUUGCUGGCACACGAUGUGGCCGCCACAGAAAUAUACGGCGACGAGGCAGCCAGGGCCACACCUCCCCCCAUCACUCCUUAUCUCAACAACGACCUUGACUUUGAAGCCAACGAUCUCGAUAAUGAUCUCGAAAAUGUCAUGCGAGUCAGACUGGUUCAAUUUCAAAAAAACACUGAUGAGCCCAUGGGCAUAACGCUGAAAGUGAACGACGAUGGUUGCUGUCUGGUGGCACGAAUCAUGCACGGAGGCAUGAUCCACAAGCAAGGCACUCUCCAUGUUGGCGAUGAGAUCAGGGAGAUAAAUGGGAUAUCAGUCAUGGGACAGACGGUUGAGACGCUGCAGAGGAUGCUGAAAAACGCCAGAGGGAGCAUAACGUUGAAGAUCGUUCCUAGCUAUCGCCAUCCAACAAUAUUGUGCGAGAUGUUUGUGAGGGCAUUAUUCGAUUACAUUCCCGAAGAAGACGAUUUAAUUCCCUGUCCGCAAGCUGGAAUCCAUUUCAAAAUCGGCGACAUCUUGCAGGUGAUCAGCAAAGACGACCACAAUUGGUGGCAGGCCCGGCUGUGGGGCUCACAUCCCUCUGAACCCGCUGGUCUCAUUCCCUCCCCGGAACUUCAGGAGUGGAGGACUGCCUGUGCUGCCAUUGAUAAAGCCAAGAGGGAUCAGUCAGCCAACUGUUCCUGGUUCAGUCGGAAGAAGCGAGCAUACAAGGACAAGUACCUGGCCAAGCACAAUGCUGUCUUCGAUCAGCUGGACUUGGUCACCUAUGAAGAAGUGGUCAGAUUGCCUUCAUUCCAAAGAAAAACUAUAGUGCUACUUGGUGCGCACGGUGUUGGCAGACGACACAUCAAAAAUACCCUCAUAUCCAACUACCCGAAACGAUACGCCUACCCGAUACCUCACACGACUCGGACGCCAAAGAAAGACGAGGAGCACGGCAGGAACUACUUCUUCGUGACGCACGAACAGAUGAUGGCGGACAUAGCGGCCAACGAGUAUCUGGAGUACGGCACUCACGAAGAUGCCAUGUACGGUACCAAGCUGGAGACCAUCAGGCAGAUACACGGCAGCGGCCUCCUGGCAAUCCUAGAUGUCGAACCGCAGGCUUUGAAGGUGUUGAGAACAGCCGAGUACGCGCCGUACGUUGUCUUCAUAGCCGCUCCUAAGGUCACAAACUACGUCGAAGACAGCAGUUUGGAACGUCUGGUGAGAGAAAGCGACGCACUGCAAGCCGCUUACGGUCACUACUUCGACUUGAAAAUUGUCAACAACGAUAUUGAGGAUACCAUACAAACGCUGCAACAAUCCAUUGAAGAAGUCUUCAUAACUCCCCAGUGGGUUCCCGUUAGUUGGGUAUACUGA